AUGCCUACUUAUAACCAGCGCAAACGUUUGGAGUACACAUGCCACACCGCCUUCUUCUCCUCCAUCGUCAUUGUGCAGUGGACUGAUCUGCUCAUCUGCAAAACUCGCAAGAACUCCAUUUUCCAACAGGGCAUGUGGAAUCACUACCUGACCUUUGGCCUCUUCUUUGAGACCACGCUGGCCAUCUUCCUUUCCUACUGCCCCGGUCUGGAGUACGGUCUGCGCAUGAUGCCUCUUCGGUGGACGUGGUGGUUACCCGCUCUGCCCUUCAGUGCUGUAAUCUUCAUCUUUGAUGAGACCCGCAAGAAGCUACUGCGUACUCUACCACCGGGCAACUGGGUGGAACGUGAAACAUACUAUUAG